GAGCGGUUACGUGUAGAUGCUUAGUUUUCGAAGGUCGUAAUGGCGAUGUACAUGGCCUCUAAUCCUUUUAACCAUCUCUUGAAACCACUGAAUAUCGACGGACAGAAAUAUAAGUAUUAUGAUUUAGUGGGCUUGCAAGAUGAACGCUACAACCGACUUCCGUACAGUAUUCGCGUUUUACUAGAAGCUGCAAUUCGAUGUUGUGAUAACUUCCAUGUAAAACAGGAAGAUGUGCAGAAUAUACUUGCAUGGGAGAUCAAUCAGCAAAGUGAAUCAGGUGUUGAAGUCCCCUUCAAACCGUCCCGUGUUAUUUUGCAAGAUUUCACGGGUGUCCCUGCUAUAGUAGACUUUGCAGCAAUGCGCGAUGCUGUAAAGAAACUUGGAGGAAAUCCAGAGAAAAUAAAUCCACUUUGUCCAGCUGAUCUAGUUAUUGAUCAUUCGGUGCAAGUAGACUUUACGAGGUCGGGAGAUGCACUCCAGAAAAAUCAGACACUAGAAUUUGAACGUAAUAAAGAAAGAUUUGUUUUCCUGAAAUGGGGAGCGAAAGCUUUCAAAAACACAAUGAUUGUACCACCAGGUUUAGGUAUAGUACAUCAGAUUAACUUGGAAUUUCUUGGUCGUGUGGUGUUUAAUACCGAAGGCUUGUUAUAUCCAGACAGUCUUGUUGGAGCAGAUUCUCACACAACAAUGAUAAAUGGUUUGGGAAUUGUGGGUUGGGGAGUUGGAGGAAUUGAAGCUGAAGCUGUUAUGCUUGGACAAGCAAUUUCCAUGGUUCUUCCAAAAGUUGUUGGCUAUCGUUUAGUUGGAAAAGUAAACUCAUAUGUGACAUCAACAGAUGUUGUUUUGACAGUAACAAAGCAUUUGCGACAGGUAGGAGUUGUUGGUAAGUUUGUUGAGUUCUUUGGACCAGGUGUUGAAGAACUGUCCAUUGCCGACCGUGCUACCAUAGCAAAUAUGUGUCCCGAGUAUGGUGCAACUAUAGGUUAUUUUCCAGUGGAUGAAAAGAGCCUUUUGUACUUAAAACAGACUGGAAGAAAUGAUAAAAUGCUAAAGUAUAUUGAGGGUUACUUGAAAGCUGUGAAAAUGUUCCGCAAUUACAGAAAUACUGAUGAAGACCCCGUGUUUUCUGAAGUUGUAGAAUUGGAUUUGGGCAGUGUGGUUCCAUGCGUGAGUGGUCCCAAACGGCCACACGAUAAGGUGCCCAUUUCUGAGAUGAAGAAAGAUUUCCUUCAAGGUUUGACCAAUAAAAUUGGAUUCAAAGGUUAUGGCAUUCCCCACAGUAAGCUCGAUGUUCAAGUACCAUUUGAGUAUGAUAAUAAGAAGUUUAUUUUAAAGCAUGGUUCUGUUGUUAUUGCAGCAAUCACCAGUUGUACAAAUACUAGUAACCCUUCAGUUAUGUUAGGUGCUGGGUUGUUAGCAAAAAAAGCUGUUGAGAAAGGUUUGUCAGUGUUACCGUACAUAAAAACCAGCAUGUCUCCUGGAAGUGGAGUGGUAACAUACUAUUUAAAGGAGAGUGGUGUGACCAAGUAUUUUGAAAAGUUGGGAUUUGAUACGGUUGGAUAUGGUUGUAUGACUUGUAUUGGAAACAGUGGCCCCCUUCCUGGACCAGUUGUGGAAGCCAUUGAAACUGGAGAUAUUGUGGCAUGUGGAAUCCUUUCGGGGAACAGGAACUUCGAAGGAAGAAUCCACCCUAACACAAGAGCGAAUUACCUUGCUUCUCCACUUCUUGUUGUUGCAUAUGCAAUUGCUGGCACAGUUGUUAUAGAUUUUGAAACUGAGCCAAUAGGUCAAGGUUCAACAGGAGAAGAUGUAUAUUUGAAGGAUAUUUGGCCUUCACAUCAAGAGAUUCAAGAAGUAGAACAGAAGUUUGUGAUCCCUGCUAUGUUCACUGAGGUGUAUGCUAAGAUUCAAAAUGGUAAUGAAAAAUGGAAUGCUCUCCAAGCUCCUGAUGGAUUGUUAUAUCCGUGGGAUGAAAAGUCAACUUAUAUAAAGUCUCCACCCUUUUUUAACGACAUGACUAAAGACCUUCCCUCUAUACGUGGGAUAGAAAAUGGUCAUGUUCUCUUGCUUCUUGGUGAUUCUGUUACAACUGAUCACAUUUCUCCCGCUGGAAGUAUUUCUCGAAGUAGUCCAGCUGCACGUUAUUUGUCAGAAAGAGGUAUAACCCCUCGAGAGUUCAAUUCUUAUGGUGCUCGUCGAGGCAAUGAUGCUGUAAUGGCUCGUGGCACAUUUGCCAAUAUUCGUCUUGUUAAUAAAUUAAUUGGAAAAGCUGGUCCAAAAACCAUUCAUCAUCCUUCCCAAGAACAAAUGGAUGUGUUUGAUGCUGCUGAGAAAUACCUAUCAGAAAACAUCCCUCUUAUUAUUAUUGCAGGAAAGGAUUAUGGUUCAGGAUCAUCUCGUGAUUGGGCUGCAAAAGGGCCGUAUCUGUUAGGAGUUCGUGCUGUUAUAGCUGAAAGCUUUGAACGCAUUCAUCGCAGUAACCUAGUGGGCAUGGGGAUCAUACCAUUACAGUUUGUGCCGGGAGAGAACGCAGAAACCUUGGGUCUAACCGGGAAGGAAACUUAUUUCAUUUCUCUUCCAGAUAACGUACGUGCCGGGCAAACAAUUCCAGUGAACAUAAAGGAUGGUCGCAGCUUCAACGUUAUUGUGCGUUUCGAUACAGAAGUGGAGCUGACAUAUUUUCAUCAUGGUGGAAUUCUUCAUUACAUGGUGCGCAAGAUGUUGGAAAACAAUGAACUAUGAGCGACUCGUUUUGUUUACUCAGUCUGUAACUGAAACCACUAGUUUCAGACUACAGUUCAGCUGGCUUGAAGCAAGUAUGCAUGCUUAAUGUUACGCCUUAACAACAACAAAUCUUACAUGUCAGUACAGGAUUCAUAUCAGAUUAUUUUUGUUAAAGUAAUAAAUUAUCCUUACUCACUUUAGAUUAUUAAAACUUAAGUAGAACUGAUGAUGAAUAAGGCAGGAUUCAAGCAAACUGAAUUUAGUGUACAGAUAUGAAAAUAUUGUCAACAGCAAAAGAAUGCAACUAGCGAAAUAAUGUAUUCUAAUCUUUAUAUAGUUGGAAUAUUGUUAGUUGUAUUAGUUGCUAGAUAUAUACUGAUACAGCUUGCUUUAGUCCGAAGUUAAUGGUAAUUUUAUUUUCUCUGAUCAUAAAAUUCUGUGUUUUAUAUAAAACUGUGUCUUCUCUCCAUACAAUGUUAAUAAUUGGCUCAAUUUUUUUUUAUAAUUAAGCUAAAACCAAAAAGAUUUUCGAAAAAUAGAAAGCCCUCUACAGUUAUAGUUUUGUAUAUAGUCUCCAUAUAAAAAAAAAUCACUUGUCAAGAAAUAAAAAUCUAUUAUUCCAUCAAGAAAGUAUUGAUAUGGAAGACAUUUAACAAAACUACUGCGUGUAUGUUUCACACUUUGGUCUUUUUUUCUCAGGUCUUUUUGCCCAAUUGAAAAAUUUGCUCAUUCUAAUCUAGUUGUAGAAAUGAUGAAAAGUGUCCAAAUGUUCAUGUGUCGUUAAAAGUACGGAUGAUAUUAGUAAGUAUAAAAAAUUAGAUUCAUUUAAUGUUGGAAUGAUAAAACUGACCAAUUUAUUAAUGUCAACAUUUUUAUGAACAUGAUAUUCAUGUGUUUAUUACAUCUUAGUAGCGAUAAAGGGAAAUGUACAGUUUUAAAAGUUUAAGUAACAUCUGAACCUUUUUCCAUAAAAAUAUUAAUAUUUAUUUACUUUGUACUAUAAAGAGCAAAGUUUUACAGAAAAUUAGUUUUCUAUACUUCAGUGAGAAAUCUCCAUCCUGUGUGGUUGUAGUUUGGCAACUGAAAGCAGUUAGAUAUUUAUAUAAAGUUUGUUAUUAUUUUGACAGAUGAUGUGUAAAUUGUUUGUGUACAUGAAUUCUUCAUGUUCUAAAAUACUGAUGAGAUAAUUUUUAUAGUUCUAGUUUUAAAUCUUCUAUAUGAUUUAAACUUAUAGAAGCAAACUAUAAAGGUAAUCGGUUAUAGUUGGCAUAAGAUAUUAAAAUUAGGCUUAUUGUGUCUUAACGCUACAGUCUUCGUUCGUUUUCAAGAUGUAGGUAUUGGCCAUCGUGAAAAAGCUAACACACAAAAGAUUACCAAUAAAUAGCUAGAUUUCAAAAGACCCUUUGUGUAGUUGUAGUAUUUCAACCACACCUUUGUGUUAAAAAUAUUAUAAGCCUAAUACUUUUAUGUUAUGACACCUUUGGUUAUAAUCAUGUUUCUUUAGCAAAGGUGUUCACAACAUGACAACUAUUAUUCAAAAUAUGAAUAAGUUAGGGUUAUUUAGAUGUUAUUAGUGUUAGGGUUAGUAUUUUAUAUUUGAAUAUCAGGGUUAAAAGAAAAAAAAUUGAAAUCUUAGGAGUUUGCUUGUAGGCUGAUUUGCAUAAAUACGUUAAAUGAGUGUACUUAUAAAACUACAGUGUAUGUUAAUAAUUCUUUUAUUAAAAUGUAACUUUUAAAUAGGUAAAUAUUUUUACAAACAAUUAUAGGUCAUAACGAUAAAGUUAAUAUAACAUUAAGAUUUAAAUCAUAAAAUAUUUUAUCAUAACUCAUUCUAUUUGCAUGCUGUUGAUUUUUCCGUCAAAGAAAUGUUAGUGUUAAUAAAUUUAAAAUUUUAGAUAUAUAUAUAUAUUAUUAACUUCUUGUAGUUUAUCUCAACAGUUGGAUGGCCAGUUCUCAGACACUGUAUCAGGUUACCUCACUUGUCAACCAUGUAAAGUAGUUCAUGAUUUCUGUCUUUCACCACUCCCGUAUUUUGUAACCAUGUGUUUGUGAAGUAUAUCCAGUUUUUCGUGAAUGGGAUGAACCUAAACUACUUUAAAGUAUUUAUAAUUUUUUCAUAUCAACUGUGUGAUUAAAUGAAAUAGUAAAAUAGUUACCAAAAUAUCUUUAUUGUACUUACAUAAUAUACAUUGAAGUCAGCAACUUAAGAUGUUGAAAUAUGGAGAAUUAGCUAAAAAACCUACAAGGUUUGGCCAUUUCUAUAAUGAUUACUAACACAUUCCAGUCUGAUCGUAGUAUAGAAUUUGAUACAGAUUAAACAUUUCAAAUUAAUAUAUGAUUGUGGACUUACCAAAUUAUGCAGGUGUAUAAUAUUUAUUUCUGUAGGGGGGGGGGGGAUUUCUUAAUAUAAUCAGUCUAAUUUUCUUGUAUAGAAUGUAAUUGUGCUAUUUUUUUUGCAUAUUUGGUAUGGAGGGGGGGGGAUGAAGAAAAUAUUCAUUUAUUAUUCAUGAAUGUAUUGAGAGUUUAAUAUUUUAUCACUGGUCGUUGUUGGUUUUAUAUAGAUGCACACACCUGUAUACACGUGCUCACAGAACUUGUUCUUUAUAUAAUUCAAGUAUAAAACUUGUCAGUAUACAAUGUGUUGUUUCUGGAAUAAUUUCCUUGUCUGCUAAAGGAAUAACUUUGGUGUUUUUCCUCAAAGCAUACAGACAAAUAACCCUUUAAUUUCCUGUUUCAACAGACCUUUAAGACAUCUGAAAUAUAUAUUUAGCUGUAAGCAAUUUGUCAAACUAUACAGCAUGUGCACACGCACACACACACAUAUAUAUAUACGAGGUAAAUAUUGAUUAGUUAGGCAACUACCAAGGUUUAUGUUUUUUAUAUUACUUAUUUUAUGUAAGCUAGCAGUCGAAGAUAUAUUACUAAAACAGGUUUCAUUGUGACAGUGAACAACUUAUGGUUUGUGAUUGGAAAAACAAAAAUAUGUACGUCUGUGCAGCAUAUAUCACAAUCUUAUGUUGUUGUUUGAUAUAUGUUACUGGAUAUCCAUAUAGAAAAUAAAUGUAAUUUUUACAAUUAUUGUA